AUGCGCAAUGAAAUCGACUACGAUGAGUUCAUGAAAUUGACUGGAGGGCAAACACUUGAGGAAGAAAUGGCAGCCGAUGGUGGAGGUGAAUCCAUAGAAGACGAGGAGGAUGAAGAGUAUCCAAACGCCGAUAACGGAGCGGAAUUCACUGUGAAGAAGGAGUAUGCUACAGAAUACGGUGGCGACCUGCCAAUUCACGUUAGGAAUCUCAUGCAAGAGAUUGUCAACGAUGAACUCGGAGGAUGCCGCGCUGAUGUAUUGGCGGCGUCGGUACCAACAGAAACGGAACACCCGUCAACAUCGCAGACAGCGCCAGUCGUGGAACCAACCCCAGAACGAGAACGAAUACCUCGAAAACUGAGCAAAACCAUGGAUGCCCUUCUUGGGCAUGCUAAUGUCAUCUACGCAAAGGGUAACACUCAAGAGGCUCUUGCUGUUUUGCUGGAGGUAAUCCGGCAAGAGCCUCGCAAUGCGGCUUCUUAUCGACAAGUGUCUGAUAUAUAUCAAGAAUUAGGAGAUCCUCAAAAGAGUUUACAGUAUGGUCUUCUUGCGGCUCAUCUAGAUACUCGAACACCCGCUGAAGAUUGGGCUCAUUGGGGAGACGAAUCUAAAAAGCUCGAACUUAUUGAGGAAGCAGCUGCAUGCUAUGGGAGAGCUAUUCGACUGAAUGUCUCGAACUGGAAGUACUACGAAAACCGCAUUGAGAUGCUGGAUCUGUUAGGGCUUCGACCACUAGCGAUGCGUACUCGUUUGCAAGCUGCUCAGAUGAUCGAUCCCUCACAAGCUGGAGUUGACUUCGAAUGGUUUCAUGAACUGAUUAAAACG